CACAGGGUGAACCUGGCGCUGGCCUACACGGAGCUGACGGAGGAGCUGUGCCGCCUGCGCAACCUCAGCUCCCUGCAGAGCCAGAUCCUGCGUGCGCUGCUUCAGGAGAAGAGCCUCAACGGUGGUCAGCGCCAUUCUCCUCUGUCUCAGUGCCAUUCCCCAGCCCAGCAGCGCCGCUCGCCCGCCCCGCAGUGCCCCUCGCCCGCUCCCGGCCGCCCUCCGGCCCCUCAGUGCCAAUCCCCGGCGCUGCAGCGGCGCUCACCGGCCCCUCAGUGCCAAUCUCCAGCCCAACAGCGCCGUUCACCCGCCCCGGGACCCUGCCAGUCUCCGGCCCAGCAGCGCCGUUCGCCCGUGCCCCCCUCCAGCCCCUCGCCCGCCCCGCAGCGCCGCUCCCCGGCCCCACCUCCGUGCCCAUCCCCGGCGUCGGCAUCUCCGCACCGCCUGCCCGGCGAGAGGAUGGAGCUGGGCUACGCCAAACCCUCCAGCCGCCACAUCAAGGCCGGCUUCCAGGGCCGUCGCAGCUACUCGGAGGUGACCAACGUGGCCCCGUAUCAGCAGAGCCGCGCGCUCUGGCUGCAGCCCGAAGCUUCCACGCUCCCCAAGCACCGGCCCUACGGUGAGGUGUACCUGGGGGGGGCGGGGGCGCCGCUGAGCGCCCGGGAGCCCUUCGAGGAGCACCUGCGCUUUGAGAAGCAGUCAUCAGAUGAGGAGGACUGGGCGGACCCCGGACCCCCCAGCCCCGAGGCCGGGGCCGUGCGCUGUGCCUCCUUCUGUGCCGGAUUUCCCAUCCCUGACCGGACGGCUGCUGCCUAUGCCAGAGCUGAGCACGCCCAGUCCUGGCCCUCUAUCAAUCUGCUGCUGGAGACGGUGGACUCGGAGAUCCGGAGCUGCCCGCUGUGCCAGCUGGCUUUCCCCAUCGGUUACCCGGACGAUGCUUUGAUAAAGCACAUCGAUUCGCACCUGGAGAACAGCAAGAUCUGAGGCUGCCCCCCACCCGCGGGCUGCCCCCUCCCCUCUUUGGAUGCUGCAUGAGAACUGGCGGAGCAGCACGGCUCCGAAUUACCUCCAGGUGUGCAGCAGCUGUGGAAGGACCGAGCCCAGGGGAGCCGUGUGCCCCCCUGUGUUUAGGUGGGUUUCCCCGCUCGCCCCCUCUCUGCAUCCCAGGCACAGUUGGAUGCUUCACCCGGGAUGCUCAGGGUUGGGGCUGGGGACCCCCCACACACACACACCGUUGGGUUUCUCUGCUUGAUCUCAGGGAGGAUUUGAGGGACCGGGUCCUGGAUCCGGCCCCCAGACAGCAGUGAGGAGAGGGCUGCCCUCCCUGGGCUCCUGGGGUCAGAGUUGGUUCAGGGUUGGGGGGGGGGGGGGGGGCUGCUUGUUCUCCCCCACCUCUUCCCACCGGUUCAAGCACCUUUCUGAUCUUUUACAUGAAAAGCAUCUCCCCCCUCCCCCCCUCCUACCUCCCCACUUCUCCCUUCUCCCCACAACGAUGCUGCUGAGAAACAAAACCCGUAUGGCCGCGGCGCAGCAUGGCCGUCCCGCACCGCUGCAC